AUGCUUCCGUCCACCUUCCGUCUCGUCCUCAAGUUCCUCUACACAGGAGAGGCCGAGCUGUCCGCCGAGAACCUGCAUGGCUUGAUGCGAGCAGCUGACGUGCUUGGGAUGGAGCAGCUCCAGCAGCUCUGCCGGCAGCGAGUGAAGCAGCUUCUCAAUAUCAGUAACUGCGCGAGCAUCUGGGGGCUGGCAGAGGAUCUCGGAGAGGAGGAAGUGGAAAGCAAGUGCCGUGAGUUUGUGCUUGAUAACUUUACGAGGCUGCUCGGGAGUGAAGGGUUCGUCCGGGCGGUGCGAGGGAGGCAAGUGCUGGAGCUGCUUCGCUCGGAGGACCUGCUGCUCUUCCGCGAAGAGGACGCCGUCGGCUUCAUCAUGCGGUGGACCGACUUGGACCGGACGAGACGCCUGCCAGAUGCUGCUGCUCUCUUGCGGGAGGUGAGGAUGGGACUGCUGUCGCGCGAGUGCAUGAGCGAGCUAGUGGAAUGGUUGGAGCAGCUCUAUGCUCCUGCCCCUUGCGAUGCUCCUCUCCUCCUCCUCCUCAAGCUGCUGCGCGACUCUCACCAGCAGGACCUCGAUGCCAUGGAGAAGAAGGUCAGAAGCUUGCUCGAGUCAGAGGCCAGGAAGGAGGAGCACGAGCAGGAGGAGCAGGAGGAGAGGGCGGGAGCCACUCGAAGCUGCCUGCUCUCUCUGUCGAACUCCUUUCGCGAACGAGGAAGCAAGCGGCGAUUUCUUCUUGCCAUCGGAGGAAAGCGAGGAGACUUGGAGGUGGCUGUAAUGAGCCGGUAUGACACGAGGAGGAAAGUAUGGAUCGACAUGGAGCCGAUGUCAGGAGGAGCUCGUUACGCUCAUGCCGUCUGCUCCCUCAGAGAUCAGGUGUACGUCGCUGGAGGACACCUCCACAGCCCUCUUGACACCUUGGAGCUUUACGAUGCUCGAGAUGAGCGGUGGGAGAAGCGAGCUACGAUGCUUCAGCCCAGGUCCGACUUCGCGAUGUUGGUGGGAGGAGAGAAACUCUUCGCCAUUGGAGGAGAAACGACAGACGUGGAGGUUUAUGACCCUGAGAGGAACCAAUGGAGCGACUGCUGCCCCUCCCUUCCUCUCAGUCACAGGAGCUGCCGAGGAACCGCUCUCAAUGGGAGACUUUUUGUGCUGGGAGGUUUCGAUCAGGAGGAGGACAUUUUAUCAGCCGUCCACUCGUUCGAUCCCAUCGCCAUGACGUGGAAAGCAGAGCCGGACAUGCUUGAGCCUCGACUCGCAUGCGGCGCUGCCGUCUGCUGCGGGGCCGUGUACGUGGUCGGAGGAUACAACCAGUUGAGGGGGCACCUCAAGGCAGUCGACUGCCUGGAUCCGCGAGUGGGAAGGUGGCAGCGGACGGCAUCCUGUCACUUGAAGCGAUACGACCUGUCGCUGGCCAACUGCGGGGAGAUGCUCUAUGCGAUGGGAGGAUGUGAUGUGGAGGACGCGUGCAGCGCGGUGGUGGAAGUAUUUGAUCCUCGCAUGAAUCGCUGGACCUUCGACCCGAACAUGCCCUUCCCCCUCCAGUACUUCGGUCUCGCGAGCUUCGAGAGCCGAUGA